ACUCAGAAGUGUAAUCUUCUCUUCACUUUAUUGAACAAAAUCAUGAAGGCUGAGGCAUACUUGUGUGGAUGCAAUGUCAAGACUUGCUGGCUUUGUUGCUGCCUUCCAGUUUGUUGUGUGAAACGUUGCUGCUAUUGUUCUUGUUCUGUUGCUGAAGAAUCAAAGCCAAAAAAGAAAUGCUGUACGUGGAAGAAAUGUUGCACGUGCAAGAAAUCCAAGAAGCCAGUGAAGAAAGAGAAGGUCGACGAUGAGAUAUCGAGAAAUUGGAGAAGACAUUCAAUCGAAUCGAUCAGAAAGAGAACGGGCUGGAGAAGGUGGAGAAAAAAUCUGAGGCAAAGAGAGAAGAGUGUUCAAUAUCUCUUAAAAUGAAUUGUGGGAAAUGCAAAUAAGGAGAAAUGCAGGAAGCCCCAUCAAUUACUCAUCACUGUCAAGUGCAAUUUGUUAUUCUGUUUGUAUUGAUUAUCCGUUAAUCGGAAGCUUAAUUUGAUUCACUCUAGAUUUUGAAAGGCAAAACUGUCAUUUAAUACUCUUUUACUUAAACAAAAC